GGACGAAGACGAAACUCUGGUGGACUUGUUUUCAUCAACCAGGAAGUUGAGUCGACGAGGAAGCGUAGCAGCGUUAAACUUUGACGUUUUGAAGCAGUUUUCAGUCAAAGUUUAAGAACGUGUUUCCAACAAGAUGGAGUAUGAUCCGGAGCGUGGGGGACUGGAGGAGGCACCAGAGCAGAAAGACAAGGUGCAGACCUUGAAGGAUCAGGUGGAUGGAGUAACAAACAUCAUGUCACAGAAUGUGAACCGGAUCAUCGCCAGAGGAGAAAGGCUGGAUGAUCUCAUGGGCAAGUCUGAGGAUCUGCAAGAAGGGGCUAAGGGCUUCAAACAGACAUCUCAGAAAGUUGCCCGUGCCUACUGGUGGAAGAACGUGAAGCUGAUCAUAGUCAUUGUGGUCAUUGUGGUCAUCAUCAUCCUCAUCAUCGUGCUGUUGGCCACUGGAGUGAUUCCUGUCAGCCAGCCUGUGGGUCCAGUUGCUCCUACCACCAAGCCCUGAAGAACACAUAGGAUGUCCACAGUGUCUUCAAUGCUCACCACUAUUGC